AUGGCCAGUCACUACACGGACUCUUCGAUCCAGGCUCAUUCUGUACCUAUAAUGCAAGCAUGUACUGGAAUAAAGGUAUUAAACCCUUCAGAGGCCAACUAUUUGGAAGAUUUUCUUAAAAGAAAAAUUCCUCCUAUGCCAACUAAGUUUCCUGCUACUCUCAUGGUGGAACACUAUAUAGACAUUCAGGGAAGUCCUUCCAUAAGGCAAGCUUAUCGGCGUCUUUCUCCCAAGGUGGAAGAAUCAUUGAGAGAAUCCGCCCAAAAGCUUGAGGCUGAGGGAAUUAUAAGGCCCAGUGAAAGUGAAUGGUGUAACCCGGUAGUGAUGAUCAGAAAGCCUGACGGAGAUUAUAGGCUCUGUAUCGACUUUAGGAAAUUAAAUGAGGUAGCCAAGAAAGACGCAUACCUAAUGAGAAAUAUUAACACUAUUUUAGACAAGCUUUCAUCUGCGCGAUAUAUCUCUGAGAUUGACCUGAGUCAGGCAUUCCAUCAGAUUCCUCUCUCUAAUGAGUGUAAGGAAUUCACUGCUUUCCCAGUACCGGACAUGGAGACUUAUCAUUACAAUCGAAUCCCAUUCGGGUUAUCGGGGGCUCCAGCAACUUUUCAGCGAUUGUUGGAUCUACUGAUAACACCGGAAUUUGAGCCCCAUGCAUUUUCGUACAUGGAUGACAUUGUUGUAGUCAGUGAAACCUUCGAAGACCAUAUUUAUUGGUUAGAGAAUGUUUUGGAUGCGAUUGUCAAUGCCGGUCUCAUGGCCAAUUCAGAUAAAAGCGAACUCGGUUGUAGUCGGGUGCGUUAUCUUAGAUAUUUAGUGGAUAAAACAGGAAUGCACCCUGACCCGGAGAAAAUCAAGCCAAUAACAUCGUAUCCUGCUCCUGCUCCUACUACUUUGCGCAAACUUAGACGUAUUCUGGGUAUGGUUUCAUGGUACAGGCGAUUUAUAAAGGAUUUCGGCCAAAAAGCAGAACCACUUCAUCGAUUAUUGAAGAAAAUCGGAGACGCAAGUAAUACGGAUUUGGGGGCCGUCCUCACUCAAGUCCAAGAUGGCGUGGAAUACGUCAUAGCCUUUGCAAGUCGAUCAAUGCAAGGCGCUGAAAAAAACUACACUGUGACAGAGCAAGAAUGUUUAGCGGUGGUAUGGACGGUUAAAAAGUUUAGGCCAUAUUUAGAGGGUUAUCACUUCAUGGUAAAACACCGAAAGGGUGCCUUUCAUCACGUACCAAACGCGCUGUCGCGCAUGUACGAUCCAGACUCUGGAGUGGUGUGUGCCAUCGACAAGACCGAUGAUUUGUGGUAUACUCGCAGAACUAAAUUGGUCCAGGAGAUACCUUAUCAGUUUCCGCAUUGGAAACUGAAAAGAGCAGCCUUGGUCGGUGGUAGCAGCGGACAUAAUGGAUGGGGAACUCCGGACGUACUGUUCACGGAUAAUGGCAUCGAGUUUGUGAACACACUGAUUUCAAAGGCCGCAUCGAAAUUAGGGAUUAGGCACUCAACUACCCCACCUUAUCACGCUCAAGCUAAUCCGGUUGAGAAGGUUAAUCGUGUGCUUAAAACCAUGAUAUCAUCCUUUGUAGAGAGUGAUCAUCGUAGCUGGGAUAAACAUCUCCCCGAUUUGCGUUUUGCUUAUAAUAUGGUUGUGCAUAGUUCCACUCGUGUGUCGCCAGCGCUCUUAAAAUAUGGUAGAGAGGCUAGAUUGGUAAAAGCGUUGAGAAGGCAGGAAGAGUCCGUUCAAGGUUACAUAAGUAAUAUCACCAGUAGUUUACGAAAUCAAAAUGAGGCUGGGAUAAUCGAAAAAGCUCAUAUUAAAGAUUUAAAACACUAUCGGCCGAUAGAUCCGAGUUUGAUUAACGAAGCCCCUUUUUCGCAGCGUGAAAAUGAAGAAGAAAAUCCAGAUGUUUCGUCCGAAAAUGGUGCAGGUACUUCGAAGGAGACAGGGCCACUCUUGUCGUCUUCAAUUACGAAGAUCCCGAGCAAUCAACUAUUCAUCCUUCUUCCUGUUGAACUGGGAACCCUCCGACCGAAGGAAUCGCUUCUCCACGCAUGCCUGAAUUUACCAAGAUCGCCCAUACAGAUCGAUAAGGGUCCCGAGUCCGGAACUUCGGAGACUCAUCUACCCAGAAAAACCGCGCAGGCCCCGAAAGCCAACUCGCAGAGGUGA